AUGGCUGUUUCGCUGCCGAAUUUCCCUACUUUUGAAGUUCAUUUGGACGGCAAUACCGGACCAAGAUGGAAGAAAUGGGUAACUCGUUUAGAACGACUGUUAACAGCGAUGAACAUUACAGAUAAGAAACAAAAAAAAGCACUCAUGCUACACUUUGCUGGCCCAGAAGUCGACGAAAUUUUUGACACGCUUGAAGACCCCGAAGGCGAAGCCGACACAGACUAUGAAGCUGCCGUAGGAAAACUCACCAAAUACUUUGCUCCACAAACGAAUAUCGCGUACGAAGUCUAUAAUUUUAGACAAGCAAGACAAAAUCAAGGAGAAUCACUCGAUAGUUAUCACGUUAGACUUCGUCAACUCGCUAAGACUUGCGAUUUUACGGACAUAGACAAAGAGAUGAAAGAACACAUUAUUCUUAGCUGCACUUCGAACACGCUGCGUAGGCGAGCACUUCAGGAUGAAUACAGCUUGGAUAAGUUAUUAAAAGUUGGAAGAUCGUUAGAAAUCAGCGAAAGUCAAGCAAGACAUCUCGAAGGAAGAGAUCAAGCAAUAAAUUCGGUGCGUGGCAGAAACAGAAGCUAUCAAAUGAGACGAAAUUAUUCAUCGCGUGAGGAUAAACCACCCACUCAUUUUAGCAAGAAGAAUAUUCAUACUUCUAAACAAAGUAAAGAGCCACAUCAAACCUGUAGAAAUUGCGGUGGACAUUUUCCCCAUAAACAAGUUUGUCCAGCGAAGGAUAAAGAUUGUAGAGCAUGCGGAAAACGUGGACAUUUUGCACGCGUAUGUCGUACGAAUCCACCGAAGUCGAAACCUGUGAAUGCUGUCGCACAAUCCCUUGAUAAAAACCGACCAAACGAUGACGAAGCUGACGAGUACGAAUAUGUCUAUACGGUUAACAAGUCACCAAAUGGCCCACCUACCUGUCUAAUUGAAAUAGAAGGACAACGACUCAACAUAAUGAUCGAUACUGGAGCAUCGGUCAACCUGAUAGAUGAAACAACCUACAGGAAAAUAAAUCGACAUGGAGAACGAAGAUUGGAAAAGGCAGAGCGCCACAUCUACUCCUAUGGUUCGUCAGUACCCCUACCAGUACUCGGGACGUUUAUCGCUACGAUCAAAACACCAGAUAUGUCAACAGUUGCCAAGCUACAUGUCGUUAAAGGAAGUUUUGGAAAUCUACUUAGCUUUGUCACAGCCAAGAAAUUGAAUCUCCUUCAAGUAUCUGUGAAUGCAGUCGAUGUUCCAUAUCCUGAAUGUCUACGACAAGACUACAAGUGUUUGUUUGGAGGAAUUGGGAAAGUAAAAGGACGGUUGAUUAAAUUGCAUAUAGAUCCCCAAGUGAAACCGAAACAACAACCUCAUCGUAGAAUACCUUUCCACGUACGAAAAGAUGUAGAGAAAGAACUUGAACGGUUAGAGAAGUUAGAUAUAAUAGAGAAAGUGGAUGGUCCCACUCCCUGGGUAAGUCCCUAUCGUGGUCGUGCCAAAAGAUUCGGGAGAAGUGAGAAUUUGCGUUGA